UAUUUUGCGGCCAGACAAACGCGACGUCGUGUCGUCGUCGUGCGCGUCGGAUGCUCCGGUGUCAUUUAUACACCUCUGUCGCUGGCAUUCAUCCAUCUCCGUUCACCUCUGGCGCUGCUGUGGCUCGCAUCUGAAAUCGCUGCUGAACUCUAAUUUGCAGGCCGUAGAGCCGGUGCGCAUCCAUGGGGGAGCGCAACUGCCCGCGCUGCACUCUAUUUAAUCCAGCCGACGCUACGAACUGCGCGGCGUGCGAUAUGAAACUCCCACCGGCGCCGGCUGCUCCGCUGUCGCCGGCUGGCGGUGAGGACUUCUCGGAUUUUGACGCCGUGCCGGUGGCGGCGCUCGACGUUAACGCGAUCGCCGCGCCGCCGCCGGCCGUGCCGCUGGCCGUGCCGCCGCCGGCCGAUGAUGGGUGGGCGAGCUUCGAGAGCGCGCCUACCGGCGCCAGCGAUGGCGGCUUCGGCGCCUUUGACGCGCCUGAGACCGCUGCCCGCGACGUCGGCAGCUUUGACGCGGGUUUCGGCGCCAAUUUCGCCGCCUUCGAGUCGGCGCCGGGCGCCGCCGCCGCGCCGGCCGCGGACGAAGGCUUCGCAGCCUUCGAUGACGCGGCGCCCACCGCGCCGGCCGGUGCAGCCGCGCCGGACGAGGGCUUUGCCGACUUCGGCGCCUUCGCGGGCGCGCCCGCCGAGCCAGCGCCCGCGGCGGAGGACCGCUUCGCGGCCUUCGACGCACUGGCGGAGCCGGAGCCGGAGCCCGAGCCGGUGCCCGGGCCUGAUGAAGAUCCCGGCUUCGCGGCGUUCGACGUCGACGAGGCGCCUCUGGCUGCGCCGGCGGACGUCACCGCGCCACCAGCGGAACCUGACGUAGGCUUCGCCGCUUUCUCGGAAGCACCACCGGCGCCCCCAGCAGAUGACGCGGCCGCGGCACCGGUAGCUGACGACUCAGGCUUCGCAGCCUUCGAGCAGGCACCACCGGUGGCGCCAGCAGACGCCCCUGCAGCGCCGACGGAAGCUGGCGAUGGGUUCGCGGCCUUCGAAGCUCUGGCGGAGCCCGAGCCCGAGCCCGAGCCGGCGCCCGCGGCGGCGGAAGAUGAGGGCUUCGCUGCGUUCGAGCAGGCCCCAGGGGCGGACAGCGACGCACCGGAGGACUUCGGCGACUUUGACGCCGCGCCGGCAGAACCCAGCGACGCCACACCCGACCCCUUCGACGCCUUCGACGACCUGGACGCGCCAGCCGCGCCGGCGGCGCCACCGCCAGCCGCGACGGAGCCGCCGCCGGCCGAGUCCAUUCCCUCACCCCCGCCGGCCGACACCGACCCCGCCGUGACGCCCGGCGCCGCCGCGCCGAAGGAAGAUUUCAAAGCGUACGAUGUCGACACGCCGGCCAGGGCGCCGGCGGAGGCGGCACCCACGGAAACGCCCGCGGCGGACGAGUGGUCUGCGUUCGCGGACGCCCCCGAGGAGCCGCCCGCCGACGCGCCGGCCGCUGAGGCGGAGGACUUUGGCGAUUUUGACACCGCACCUGCGGACGCGCCGCCGCCCGAGCCGGCGCCGGCAACCUCGGAGGACCCUUGGUCCGCCUUCGACGCCAUCGCGCCGCCCGAUUCUGCGGCACCGGUCGAGAGCGCACCCGCGGCACCUACGCUCGACGACGCCGCCGCGGACGGUGACGAGGGCUUCGCCACGUUCGACUCUGCCGCCGCGCCCACCGCGGACAAUGUCGAUGAGGGCUUUGGUGCAUUUGACGCCGCGGACGGCGUGGCAGACGCGACGGAGCCAGCGGCGGAAGAAGCCGCCGCCGCCGCGCCCGCCACCGACAACGUAGAGGAACUAGCUGCCGACGGCGACGACGAUGACAGCUUCGGCGACUUCGCCACGCCCGCAGCCGAUGCGGCACCCGAGCCGGCCGCCGCCCCCGCAACCACGGAGGACGCCGACGAUCCCUGGUCCGCCUUCGACGCGAUCGCGCCGCCGGCGCCCGCGGGCGACGCCCCUGCGGUGGCAGCGGAAGCCGACGAUUUGUCCUUCGCGGCUGUGGCGGAGGCACCACUGGCGGCGCCCGCAGACGACGCGGCGGCCGGAGCCGACAACGUAGGCUUCACGGCCUUCGCGGAGGCGCCGACAGACGGCGGCGAGCUCGCUGCGCCGGUCGAGGACGGCGUGCCGGACGCAACGGAGCCCGCGGCCGACGAAUCCGCCGCCGUGCCCGCCGCGCUUGACGCGGACGAGGGCUUUGGCGCAUUUGAUGCUGCCGAGCCCGCGGCCGACGCGACGCCCGACGAGCCGGCCGCCGAACCCGCGAGCACCGAGGCCGCUGACGAUCCGUGGGCGGCCUUCGACGAGCUGGCGCCGCCGAGUGGCGCAGCGGCCGCGCCAGUCAGCGAGGCCGACGCGGCGGCGACCGCGGAUGGCCCCGAUGAUACUGACAGCCCUGCUGCGCUGACAGAAGCUGAUGCCGACGCCCCGGCGCCUACAGCGGCUGACGAUGGGUUUGCUGCGUUCGAGGAGGCGCCAAUGGCGGCGGAAGCUGCAGCAGCGGAUGCUGACGACGGAGGCUUCGAGGCGUUCGCUGAAGCACCGCUGACGGCCUUGGCAGACGCCGACGCCGCCACGACGCCGGCGGAAGCGGACGACCCGAGCUUUACAGCGUUCGAGGAGGCGCCCGCAGAGACCGACGCGGCGCCGAGCGACCCUCCACCGGCGGUGGCGGAGGAGGACCCUUGGGCCUCAUUUCCGGAGCCGGUCGCGGCCGACGACGCCCCCGCGGCGGCGGCGCCGACGGCCGACGCCUUCGAGGCGGCGACGGACGUGCCCGCCGGCGACGCCGCCCUCGCGCCGGAGCCGACCGAGGGCGACGCGUGGGCCGCGUUCGACGGCGCCGCCGCAUCAGCCGAAGACGCCAGCCCCGGCGCGCCGUCCGGCGACGGGUCCCUCCAGACGUCGUCGUUCGAAAACGUGUCGGCGCCGGGCGAUGCGACCGAGGCGCCCCCGACAGCCUUCGCCGCGUUCCAGGAACCCACGGCCGACGGCGACGCGGAGUCCCCGGGUACGAUGGAGCCCGCCGUCGACGACGACGCGCCGGCUGCGUCCGGGGAUGCGAGCCGCCCACCACCGCCGACGGCGAUCGUGUGCAAGCCCUGCGCGCCGGCGGCGACAGAAGCAGACGACGGUUUCACGGCUUUUGAGGCGGCCCCAACGGACACUCCGGCGCGCGCCGACGCACCGACACCUGCUGCCGACGUCGACGCGACCAUCACGCCCAACGGCGGCCUUGCGACGUCACCCGAGCCCGUCGAGGCAGAUACAGCGCGGAAGCGGUUCCCGAAGUCUGCCGCGAAGCCGGCCGCCACCGAGGCGGUAGAGGAGGAGGACGAGCUCGGCUUCGGCGCCUUUGAAGAUGCUGUCUACGGUACUCCACCGGACGCCGGCUUCGCAGCCUUCGAGUCUGCCGCGGACGGCGACGCCGACGGCUUCGGCGCAUUUGACGCCGCCCCAGACGAUAACGACGCCUCUGAAGGCGAAGACGAGGGCUUUGCAGCGUUCGAGGCAGCGGAGGAGGCCCCAGCAGACGCCGACGACGACGACGGCUUCGGCGACUUCGCCACAAGCACCGGCGACGACGACGGUUGGGGCGCCUUCGAGGACGCGCCGACCGCGCCGCCUGCACCAACGAAGCAGACCCUGUUCGCGGCGGCGUUUGGCGUCGCAGCUGCUGCCGUAGCGCCGGCGACGCCGCUCGAGGAACGUCUCACCGCUCUCGACGCGGCCCUAUCCAAAGGUGCCGCGGCGCCAUCCGCCACACCAAUUAACCUCGCGCUGCUCCACGCGCCGCUGGAGAAGGCGAUUGCCGCGGCGCGCGCCGCGCAAGCUGAAGAGCACGACGACGGAUACGGCGCGAGCCCCGCUGUCGCCGAAGAGGUGGCGCCGCCUGCGGAAGAAGAGUCGGCGCCGCUUCCGCAGCCGGACCUGGCGCGCUCGGACUCGGCGACGUGGGACAUCUUCGGCGCGCUGCCGACGCCGAACCAGAGCUCGGGAGACCUGGCCGCGCAGGGCCGGGGCGCUUCGCCGCCGCCGCCUCCGCAAGAAAUCUCGCAGGAGGACAUCCUCGCCGGCCUGUCGGCUGCGAGCCCGGCGCCGCCUGUGGCGCCCGCCGCAGCGGUGUCCUUCGACCCCUUCGGUUAACAUGUGAUCAGAUUAAACAACA